UUGCAGUGCGCGCGCAGGGGCGGGAGUGACGGGGUGGGGGGGCCGGGGGAGUGCAGGUAGCGGGGCCGGACCAGCUGAACGGGCACAGACCGAAGACGACACAAGUCCAUGGAGAGGCUCGUCUGCUCCGGGUGUUUACAUCUCUUCACCACCACAAGCCUCCUCUAACCCAGGGCCGGCUCUCUUCCUGCUCCGGGCGCUCGGACGUCGUGUGCGGAUAGGGAGCGGCAAAGGGUCGCGGUGACGGCAGCUGUAGCAUCCGGGGAGCUUGGAGGAGUAGCCGCCUCUAUGAUGAAGUUCAAGCCGAACCAGACUCGGACUUAUGACCGGGAAGGCUUUAAGAAGCGGGCGGCCUGUCUGUGCUUCAGGAACGAGCGGGAGGAUGAGAUACUCUUGGUCAGCAGUAGUCGCUACCCGGACCAGUGGAUUGUACCCGGUGGAGGAAUGGAGCCAGAGGAGGAGCCCGGUGGAGCAGCAGUGAGAGAAGUCUAUGAAGAGGCUGGUGUGAAGGGGAAGUUGGGUAGACUCCUGGGAAUAUUUGAGAAUCAAGAUAGAAAACAUAGGACUUACGUGUAUGUGCUCACCGUCACUGAGGUUCUAGAAGACUGGGAGGAUUCUGUGAACAUAGGGAGGAAGAGGGAGUGGUUUAAAGUUGAAGAUGCCCUGAAAGUCCUGCAGUGCCACAAGCCAGUUCAUGCUGAAUAUUUGGAAAAACUGAAAUUGGGCUGCUCCCCAACUAAUGGAAAUUCUGUAGGUCCACCAUUAUCGGACAACACUUCAUUAUAUGUAACCUCUGCACAGACUUCUUCUGGCUUGCCGUCAACAGUGAGAUAAACUCUGCUCUUUACAAGGCAACUUGCCGAUUCAGUGGGAAGAAUGACCUUUUGUGUUCUCAUGCGGACAUUCUAAUGUUUAGACCUGGAUUCUCUUGCAAAAUGUGCUAAAACCGUUUUGGUUUCUUUUUUUUUUUUUUUAAACCCAUGUAAAAUAUCAUUCGUCAGAUACAAGCCAUAGGAAGUUUUUUUUUUUUUAGAUUCCUUACACGGCCAUUUUUUCUGGUCUUAUGUUAAUCCACACGAUUAUGAAUAUGGCAUUCUUUUCCUAAUGCUUUCUUUCCGUAAGGGCUUUAAACUACUGCUGGAUGUGAGAUGGGCCUGGGGUGUACUGUGUUAAAGGUUCAAUACCAAAUGAGGGCAAUCCUGCAGAGAACAACUAGUCUCUUCAGCUUUUAAGAGGGCUGCUAUUACAUAACUGUCUACUCUGUACUGCAGAAAAACAGCUGAUUUGAUUUCCUUUGUCCUGUAUAGCAAUAGGCCAGUGGCAGGUAUGAUUUAGAUAUCUGUUUGUGUGAGAUUGUCAAUUACAAGCCAACACGUAUAAAGGGGGGCAGUCACCACUCCUGAAACUUUUUUUUUUUUUUUUUUUUAAAGAAAAUACUUGCAUUCCCCAUGAGAUCACAAUUCUGGAACAUCUUUUUCCAUAGCGUUUUGUCCGGUUCCUGUUAUUCCUCCAGAGUAUUUAAUUAGAAUUGGCGGCACCAUUCCUCUUGUCAAAGGAUUUGACAGUGUCAGACUGUGUGGAGACACACUGGUAACACCCAAUUGUCAAUUUAUUCAUAUGUUUUCUGGGAGGAAUAAUAGAGGAUGGACAACACAUUCGAAGAAAAAAUGCUCUGGAAUUAGUAGUUCACAAAGAAAGUAUGUACUAAAGUAGCUGCCAGGUCUUCUUUGAGUGAGGAUGGAUUUCAAACCUAGUCUGCCUUUUUUAAUGUGGCAGCAUUACUAACGCUACUAAAUAUGUCCAUGCAAUAUUAAGAAUUUUUUUCAUCCCUUUUUUGCCUCUCAACUUGCAUGUUCAGCUUGUGCGACCUGCAGGCCAUGCUGCUUCUGGUCAGUCUUUCAUUUGCCAUUGAUAUGAAUGUAGUACAUUGUAGGCCCAUUGCAAUUCUUUGGUUCUUAGGACAGGGCUUGUUGACAGGUUCCAGGAGCCAAGUAGCAAAGUUGCUUCCUUUCGAUGUCUAUGAAAGUGUUUCACCUGGUCACUCAAAAAAAUGACCUGGAAGAGAGGUCUGACUAGUACCCCAUGAUAGUAUUCUGACAUUGUAAGCUCUGGCAGUGGGUGACCGGAAGCACUAUGUUGACUAGACUCUCCUCUAUGUGGGCUGCAAUGCCUCACAUAAGAUUUUGGGGUGUUUGGGACACAAAUCUGUCUCAAACAUUGGAUUUUAUUAUUCUCCUUCCCCCCCCCCUUCCCCAGAUGAGCAGUGCCAAACAUGUAUGAUAUUGGGGGUUUGGCUAUCUUUAUUGCUUACUGAUGGAAUUUCAGACGACAUACGGUAUGUCUGUAGCCAGCUUUAAAAGGCUUUCCCAUGUCUGUUAUGUGAAUGUUUCCCUUCGUCAGUCUUACAAAGAACAGGAUGCACUAUGGUUUAAAGAUGGAGUGUGGCUGGAGAAAUGUAAAUCCAUAUUGCUACAACACACAGAUCCACGAGGCAUUGGCGCAUUAGCCUUGGCUGCCAAAGAAAUUAGCAUUUUGGCCUUUUAAUGCACUAGUAGACUGAUAAUCAGGGACAUAUUGCUUUUUUUUAAUUUAUUUUUUUCUGCAUGGUAACUUCAGUCGAAGUAGUGAAAUCCAAGCCUUUUUUUUAACCCUUUAGACCUAAGUGGUGCCUGCAGCAUUAAUGACAUCAGACAUCUGAUUGUGCCUCCUAUUCAUAGAGACACAGAAGGCGAGCAAAUUCUCUCAGGUUUAAUACCACAGAGCUGUAUACAUUUCUGAUCUUUGAGACUGUCAACAUGUAUUGAUCUGGAUGACGUAAAAAGAACCGGUCACCACGAAGUGCAGUGUAGUCUGCAGGUAGCUUGUCAUAGAGCAUGUGUAAGGGAUCGGCCAGUAUCAAUUACUAGCUGGGGUUUUUAAUAGUAUUAAAGGGGUUCUCCAGGAAUGGUUUUAAAAUGGCCACCAACAACCUGUCCCAGAAUGUGAGCAGGACUGGUUGCCACCACUUUCGGAGCUGCCUAGGAGGGUGAGGGGGCAGAGCCUCACUACACUGCUCUACAAUAGAUGGUAAUGAUGUGAUUCUGCCUAUGAUAUGCCAUCAUGGCUGAGCAGCCUGACAGGAAUAUGUAGUAUAUGUAAGUGCCAGAGUGAAGUGAGGGCCCGUCCCCUUACCCUUCCAGGCAGCUCUGCAAGUGGUGCUGGUCACAUUCUAGGACGGGUUGCUUGCAGCCAUUGUAAAUCUAUCCCAGAAGACCUGAAUU